CAGAGGGUUGGGAGAUGGAGUGGAGCACAGUUGGUUCCUGCUGACAAGGAUUCACAAAGGAGGACUGGUAUGAAGAGAAGAUGAACCUGCUGCUACUCUUUCCCUUCUUCUUCUGGCUCCCAGGCUGCUUCACUGCCCAGAGUUCUAUCACUGGUCCAGAGAAAGUGUCUGGUCUGGAGCGGGGCUCCUUGACUGUGCAGUGUCAUUAUACCUCAAGUUGGAAAACCUACAAGAAGUGGUGGUGUCGAGGAGCUAACUGGGGAAGGUGCCAGGUCCUUGUUACAACCAGUGGGUCAGAGCAGGAGGUGAAGAAGGACCGUGUGUCCAUCAAGGAUGAUCAGAAAAAGUUCCUGUUCACGGUGACCAUGGAGGAUCUCAGGAGAGACGACACUGACAUGUACUGGUGUGGGAUUGAGAGAAUUGGAAUUGACCUCGGGGUCAAGGUUAAUGUGAUCAUUGAUCCAGGACCAACUACAGUGUCAGCCAUCAUCCCCACCACCUCCUCCAAUAACAUGUCUACAGCACCAGUCACUGUGGGCAACACGUUUAUAGCACCAGUCGUCACUGUGGACAACACGUCUACAGCACCAGUCACUGUGGAGGAGACCAGCUACCACUCGGAUGGUGGGCGUGGCAUUAUGGAUCUCAGUACCCUCAUCCCACUCAUCUUUGCUGCUCUGCUGCUGCUCUUGGUGGUGGCCUUACUCCUGGCUUGGUGGAUGAUGAAGCGACAAAGGAAAGCUGUUGAGCCAUCACCAGAGCAGGUGCUGCAGUCUCUGGGGGAUGACCUCUGCUAUGCAAACCUGGCCCUGCAACAGCCUGGAACCUCCCCUGGCUCCUCCUGGAAAAAGGCCUCCACCAAGCCCUCCUCCACUGCCCAGGCUAGCCAGGCAGAAGUGGAAUACAUCACCAUGGCUCCCUUUCCAAGGGAGGAAAUUUCCUAUGCAUCUCUGUCUUUGGGUGCUUUGGCUCAAGAGUCAACCUACAGCAACAUCCACAUUUUCAGCACAGGUCACGAGGAGCCCACGCAAUACAGCGCCAUCAGGAGGCUCUAG